AGGCUGGUGCGUGUUUGUGUAUAAUGGCUGUAUAAGGCGUGUUGCAGUAGUCGUGUUCCUGUGCUACACGCAUACUACAUAUUCAUUUGUACACCGUAAAUUCAUGAUACCCAAGCAUGCGUGCUGGCAUGUGUAAACGCCGGUGAUCUAAUUCCGGCUCAGCUUCGUGGACUUACGACAUGAAGUGCUGUGUGCAUGUGAUGAACAAAAUGGUUACUAAUGACUAAAACUAGCCUAACAUUUAUUACCACUGCGCUAGUGCUGUAUGUACAUGCACUUGUGUUCCUCUUCAUGCAGAACGUGAGAAAUCUUUAUAAAGCAACACAUCUCUCAAGAAUAGUAAAUCGUCCAUCUCCACAAAGCAGGUGUUUUCGUUUGAAUGUUUUCAAAGCAUGGACCGCUACGUUACCAUUACCAAACGACCCAAAGAAAUGAAAUCAGAAAAUCUGUCUGAGGAUGGAGGAAGACAAGAAACUGUCAAGAAGGCAAGACAGGAUACCCGCAAAGAUGAUGAAAAAUCAGAUGAGACUGAAGGAAGGGAAGGGGCUGGUGGUGGGGCUGCAUCAGCAACAAGGGGUUUCCAGAUGAAGGAGAUGAGAGGAGAUUUGUUUGGAUGUUCCGAUGAUGAGUGUCUCGCACACUGCAUCAGUGAAGAUGUUAGAAUGGGCAAGGGUAUUGCCAAGAUCUUCAAAGAGAAGUUUGGAGGAGUGAGGGAACUCUUGAAUCAGGGUGUGAAGCCAGGAGGAGUUGCUGUGUUGAAACGAGGAAACCGUUUCAUUUAUUAUCUGGUAACCAAAGAGAAAUAUUGGAACAAGCCCACAUAUGACAGCUUAGCAAGAAGCCUGAGAGCAAUGGCUGAUCACUGCAUCAGGAAUAAUGUUCACAAUGUAUCCAUGCCAAGGAUUGGCUGUGGACUUGAUGGUUUGAAGUGGGAUAGAGUUACUACAGUGAUCAGGGACACACUUGGAAGGACAGAUUUAACAGUGACAAUUUACACGCUGUAAAAGGUGGACAUCUUCCGGAUCGCUUUGCAGUGUUGGCCAUCACUCUUGCAAACAUAAUUAGCAGUAUUUAGAGGUGUUCUUAUGUUCCAUGGAGUCUGAGCAGAUGCACUCUCCAAGUUCAGAUGUUGUGACACAUUUGACUCUGAGUUUUGAAAUACAUGUAAUAGGAUGUUGAUCUGUGUGUAUAUGAGCGUAAUUCAGAUGUUGUCUUUCUACUUGAGCUUAAUCUCUUCUGCACAAAAAUGGUUGAUUCUAAACUCAAAUGAAGAUUGGGGAUUGGAAAUGAGCAACUUUUUGUGAAGUAAUUAAUUUUCUCGAAAAGUUUCAGAUGGUUUCAGGAAAAAUUUGUCAAUUAUUUGCUGAUACUGAACGAAUUCAAUAGGAAUUACAGACAGGAUAGUACAUGUAAUUGGUUUCUAAGGGGCAUGCCUUGUGUGGAGAAUAAAGGUUGAUCAAACAGAUGUUUAUGUUUUGUGUAUAUUUAAAGAGCUUUUGUUAUCAAAGAGAAAAAAAGUUGAAAUUUUGAUGGUAAUUCAUGUCAAUUCUUUUUUUCACUUUAGAUAAGCAAAAGUUUAAAAACUCCUUAAAUUUGAAUGUGUCAUAAUAAGGUAUAUGGCUCUUAAACAUUGAUUUUUAUUUGUUUACUUUCCCCGCAGUUAAACUGUUUUUGCAGAUUUAUGCUUUUUUAUGAGAUUUAUUUGUUGUCUUUUAUGCGUAUGGAAAUUGAGGUACUGUACAUGUACGUUUAUGGCACAACAGUUGUAUUUAUUUGUUGCCAAUAAAGAAAAGACUGAGAUUUUCAGUUUCCGUAGAAUUGAAA